AGGUGUGAAACGAUGACGCUUUUACUCAGUCUGUUUCUUCUGUUGUGUUUAUGUACCUGCUCCUCUUGGGGUGUUUCAUUUGACACGCUUGUUGUGAAACAAACUCCUGAUGUUUCCAUCACUGUGGGAAAACCAGUGAACAUCUCCUGCUGCUGGAACGGGGAGUUUGACAGAGGCAGAAUUAACUGGACGAAAAAUCAAAUUACUGUUAAGAGGGAGCAUUUCUCAUAUAGUAUUAAUACCCAAGGAUCUCAGCCAAAGAAAACAUCAGACUGCUCAUACUUGACCUUUCAGUACAUCACAAGAGCUGACUCUGGAAGAUACAUCUGCAGUCUGACGGUGGAGUUACCUGUUUUGUUAAGGGUUGAAGGUGAUGGGACUGUAAUCACAGUUACAGCCAAUAAGAACAGAUACGAAAACACAAAUGCCAAGAAACACAACGCCAUAGUUGAAGAGUCUCAAAGCGAGGAAGUGUGGGUUCAUCUCCUGAGGUGUCUCCCUCUCCUGACUCUCAUCAUUUCCCUCUCCUGCAUCAUCAAGUGGGAAUCCAACACUCAGCAUCAGACACAAGAUGCUCCUGGGAAUACUAUCCCUUUAACACAAAGAGUUGAAGAGGAAGAAGAAGAAGAAGAAAGAGAAGAGGAGGAAAUACAACGAGAGGGCGACGAUGCUGAAGAGAAAAUAGAAGAAAAUAAGGAAUCAGACAGUUAA